AUGUUGGAUAAGGUAGAACCUAUGUUUGGUGGUAGAGUUGCUGAUAUAUUAUUGAAUGAAAGAGACAUUAUUCUCAGUGCUGAUAUACUGAACAUCUCCGUUGAAAGUGAACCACAAACUAUUAAACCCAACAUCAAAUUCCUCCAACUCAACGAGAUUUCUUAUAUCUUUGGGUAUUUCACCUGUCAACACGUGAAGAAAGCAUUUGUUACAGGGGUUCCAAAACUGAACAGAUCCGAGCUCGAAACAGCAUGUGAGGAUUUUAGCAACAUUAUUACCAGCGGCGAUUCAUAUACAGUAUACAAGGGAACACUGUCUAGUGGGGUGGAGAUUGCCGUUAUCUCAACUACUAUAAGUUCUCUGGAAGAUUGGUCCAUAUCGAUACAUUUUUCACGAGUGAACCACAAGAAUUUUGUUAAUCUUAUUGGAUAUUGCGAGGAGGAUGAACCUUUCACUAGGAUGAUGGUCUUUGAGUAUGCUCCUAAUGGAACUCUUUUCGAGCAUCUUCAUGUUGAAGAAGCUGAUCAUCUGGACUGGCCUGCGAGGAUGAGAACCGUUAUGGGUACAAUGUAUUGUCUUCAAUACAUGCAUGAAUUAAACCCCCCAGUGCCACAUUGCAACUUGAAUUCUAAAUCCAUAUUUCUGACCGAUGAUUAUGCUGCUAAGAUUACAGAGAUUGAUUUCUGGUCAGAACUAACAGCCAAGUCGAAGUCCUCUAGCGAUGAUUUAGAGAAUUCUGUGCUGCCACCGCUUGCUGAUCCCGAGACUAAUGUCUAUUGCCUUGGAAUUCUUUUAAUAGAAAUAAUUUCUGGCAAAUCACCUUAUUCAGAAGAAGAAAAAGAGUCUCUUCUAAACUGGGCGGCACAAUAUUUUCGUCACGACAAGCAGAAUAUCGCCUCUCUGGUGGAUCCAUCAUUGAAGUCUUUCAAGAAUAAUGAGCUUAUGUUUAUUUGUGAAGUAAUUGAACAAUGCCUUCAAGAAGAUCCAAGGAAGAGACCAACUAUCAAAGAAUCCAUUGAUAAAUUAAGGGAAGCAAUUGAUGUAUCACCAAAUGCUGCAGUUCCAAGGCUUUCUCCUCUGUGGUGGGCUGAACUCGAGUUGUUAUCCAGCGAGGCAGCGUGAUCCAGCUUAAUUUGUCCAUCUACGUUGUAAGUUUGAGUACGUACGUGUUGUUUUACUACGUAUGAAUACGGAAAUACAUCAUUUCUCUUAAACCCCCUGGGGUAGUUGUAUCUAACUAUCCUCUACAUAUAUUUAUGAUCUAUAUUGGUUUAUUCUUUUAUCA